AGAUCUGAGCUUGAAGACUCCAAACAGAGUCAGCUGAGGAUGUCGGCAGCUGUAUUGUCAUUAGAAUGGUUCAAAAACAACAUCUCAAGGGGAAACUGUGACUUGUCAAAAAGAAUCGGCUUUACGGCAGGUGUAUCCUCUAGCGGAAGUAGCUGGUCCUCUGGUAAACUGAUAUUCACCAAAGUGUUGUACAACCAAGGGAAUGGCUACGAUUCUUCAUCCGGGAUUUUCACGGCGCCCUCUGCUGGCGUGUACGUUUUUUAUGUUUCCAUAACUUCCUACAGUUCAAACGCAAUCUCCGUAGACAUAUCUCUCAAUGGGUACUCCCAAGUUACAGCCAGAUCAAACGCCGGAAGCGGAAGUGGUUACAGGUCUAGUUUCUCAUACUCGUAUCAGACUGGAACAAACAUGGCGGUCCUCUCCCUGAAGCGCGGAGACAGAGUCUGGAUUGCGUAUAAUUCAGGAACGGGAUAUUAUUCUGACUAUACUCAAAUCACAACAUUUUCUGGAUUUUUGAUUUAAGGUCGCUUCAAAGCUGACCACCCAGAAGGAAAAAAAAUGGAAAUACGAAUAAGUUUUUUUCAAUUUCAAAUUUAUAAGCACGUUUUUAUUUUUAUUCGAACACUUGCAUAUAUCUGUCAAUAAAUAACCAUUUGCAUCAA